AAUUAUGUAUAAAAGACGAAGCAAUUCGGCUGAAGUCAGUACUAGUGUAACUGGCCCUACCAUGCGUUUCGUCAUCCUUUUAGCCCUCUUGGGCUCCGCCCUCGCGGUCCCCAAAACCAUCAACCGCAUCGUCGGUGGCAGCCCCACCACAGUGGAGACCUACCCUUACAUGUCCAACAUGCAGUACGGUCUGUGGGGAAUCUGGUGGUACCAGGCCUGCGGUGGCUCUCUGAUCACCUCAACCUCUGUCCUCUCCGCUGCUCACUGCUACUUCGGUGACAGUCCUUUCGAAUGGCGCGUGCGUCUCGGUACUUCUCUUGCGUCCAGCGGCGGCAGUCUCCACGACGUCUCCCAGCUGGUGAUCCACCCUCAGUACAGCUCCGCCACUCUCCGUAAUGACGUGGCUAUCGUCCGUCUCGCCAGCCCCGCUCAGUACUCCAACUCUAUCCAGGCUGUCUCCAUCGCUGGAGCCAACUACAACCUUGCCGAUAACUCCAACGUCCAAACUAUCGGGUGGGGAGCUCUCUCGACCGGUGGUGGAUCACCCGAGCAGCUGCAGCACGUCACCAUCAACGUCAUCAACCAGAAGGUCUGCGCCGAACGUUACGCUGAACUGAAGACCCAGCCCGGUUUCCAGAACUGGCCCGACGUUACCGAAGACAUGUUGUGCGCCGGUAUCUUAGACGUCGGUGGCAAGGACGCCUGCCAGGGAGACUCUGGCGGUCCCCUCGCCCACAAUGGUGUCCUCGUUGGUGUUGUAUCAUGGGGCUUCCAGUGCGCUCACGCUACUUACCCCGGUGUCAACUCUCGUGUCUCCUCCAACGUUGACUGGAUCGUCAACAAUGCCUAAAAAUAUUUCAACUUAUUUAAGUAAAUUUCGAAGUUAAAAGUUUACCCACACUCCAUACAGGGUACAGUGAUGAACACAAUAAACGUUAAGAAUGUUAAUAAA